AUGCAAGAUAUGUUUUCCAUGUAUAUUGAAAAUCGGAGUCAACUCUCGUUCAUCGAGUUGUAUGUUGAGUUUGAGCAAUCUGAGGCCGACCAGAAUAUUCUACGGGAAGAUUACAAUAGUGACAGUGAAGAAGAGUUCGAAAGCAACUACGAAGUUGUUGGUGCAGAUGGAGAUGAGGUUCAAGGUGACGGAGCUAUGGCUCCGGAUGUGUCUGAUGUGGCAACUACACUGGCAAACGAUGUGCCGUUUGAGGAGCCAUCAUUCAUGCGAGUUUUGGAUUUGGAAGCCAUGCAUGUUCCGGAAUUUCCGGAUUAUAUCAGUGCAGAAGAAAUUAAGCCGUUGGUUGAGGCAGACCCCGCCUUGAAGGUAAAAUCGGUUAUAGCAGAGGUGCAAUCGAAGUUCAACUACACUAUUAGUUAUCGGAAAGCAUGGUUGGCUAAGCAAAAGACAGUGGAAAAAAUAUUUGGAGGCUGGGAAGCAUCGUACGAAGCGUUGCCUAUAUGGUUUGAGGCCAUGUGGCACAAGGAGCCAUCAGCUGUUGUUCAUUUUGAGACUAUGCCUGCAUAUCAAGGCGAUGACUUAGUGACUGAUAUUCGGGUGUUGCAUCGUGUCUUCUGGAGUUAUUACCCCUGCAUUAGAGCAUUCAGACAUUGUAAGCCAGUUGUCCAGGUGGAUGGGACUCACUUGUACGGAAAGUACAAGGGUUGUCUACUAGUGGCAGUGUCACAGGAUGACAACAACAAUAUCGUCCUAAUUGCGUUUGCAAUUAUGGAGGGAGAGACUUCAGAUGCGUGGCACUUUUUCCUGAGUAACCUUCGUCAGCAUGUUGUCACUCGGGAUGGUGUGGGACUGAUAUCCGACGGUCACGAAUCCAUAAAUGCAGCUGUGGAAAGGAGUAACGGGGCUUGGUCACCUCCUAGAGCUUUUCAUAUGUUUUGCAUCAGGCAUAUAGAGUCGAAUUUUCUGAGAAAAUUCAAGGCGCCGUACUUGCAAAAACUAGUCGUCAACAUAGGAUAUUCGAGGACGGUGCGGGAGUACGAGGUGCGUUACCAGCGUUUACGAGAACGGGGCGAGGCCUUCACUGACUGGUUAAACCGAAUCCCCCGAGAACAGUACGCGUUGGCUUUUGAUGGUGGAUAUCGAUGGGGUCAAAUGACGACGAAUCUAGUGGAAUGCAUCAAUUUAGUAUUGAAGGGUGCACGCAAUCUCUCCGUGACUGCCCUUGUGAAGGCAACAUUCUACAGGCUUAACGAGUUGUUUCCUCAAAAAAGAGCGGAGGCGGAAGCUCGGAUUAAUGCUGGCCAUAUGUUUUCUGAUGUCGUGACCUCGAAGUUGCAUGCAAACUAA